ACUCCGCUGUCUCUUUGCUCAUGACAGCUUUGAAUUUGUUACAAAUGCGCUGACUAAAUAAUCUAAAUCAUUUCUGAUUCGACCUAAAUACGAUGUAAGUGAAAAAAAUAACACUUCAGCAUUUGUUUAUUGCAGUAUAUCUGCCAAUAAAUAAAAAACAACUCGUAAUUUCGUGAUUUCAUGCUGAGGGCCGCCGCCCAGGAGAACGCGUUAUGAAAAAAGAUCAACUUUGGACUUUCAGACUUGCCGUAAAACAACAAAUAUGGCGUCCUCCUGCGAUGUUCAUGUCCGAAUAUGUGGCCAAGAAAUGAUCAAAUACGAUCUGGAAAUCAAAGCCCUUAUUCAGGACAUUAGAGAAUGUUGUGGCCCGCAGGCAGUUCUGAUGGAUCUGAACUCUACAGUGAAGGAAAAGUUCAACCAGUUAAGACAGAGAAUUCAGGACAUGGAACAGAUGGCCAAAGAACAAGAUCGGGAGACCGACAAGCAAACUAUCUUGAGUGAGACAGAAGGCCAUCGGAAGCAGAUGUUAAGUAACCAGGUGGCAUGGAGAAAGGCCAAUCUGGCAUGCAAACUUGCCAUUGAUAACUUGGAGAAAGAUGAACUGCUUCAGGGGGGAGAUUCUGUGAGGCAAAGGAAGGCCACCAAAGAGAGUCUGGUGCAGACGUCUGGUGACAUCACAGAGAAUCUUAUGAGCAUCAGCCGUAUGAUGUCACAACAGGUGCAGCAGAGCGAAGAGACCAUUAGCACUCUUGCUACAUCUUCAAGAACUGUACUGGAGACAAAUGAAGAGUUUAAAGCUAUGACAGGAACCAUCCAUUUGGGGAGAAAACUCAUUCUGAAAUAUAAUCGCCGUGAACUGACCAACAAACUGCUGAUCUUUUUAGCACUCGCUCUGUUUCUGGCUACGGUGCUCUACAUUCUGAAGAAAAGGCUUUUCCCCUUUAUUUAACAGAAAAAAGAACCAUCUCUGCUUCCAACCACUUUCCGUAAUGUGCUCUGCAAAUGUUUCAAUUAAGACUGGCUCCAUGAGUUUAACCUGGCGUGUCCUUCAGAAUGACUUGUGGAGGAAUUCUUUGCUCAGGGAAUAGAAGCACAUUCAACCACAGGACUGAUAAUUGCAUUCCCUAAAUUGGAUGAAAAUAACCAUUGAACUAUCCUUUUGUAGAUCUACACAAUGCCAAUAUAUUGAACUACUUAGUUUAUAUUAACAAGUGCGGAAAUUCUCAACACAAAGGCAGGAUAUUAAAAUGCAUUUAUACAAUCUCAGCUUACUAAUGUAGAAAAUAGAAGCGUAUUAAUUCUAUUUAAAUAUUUUAUUUUAGCACAAUUGCAUUGUUUUAUCUCAGUUUUAAAUCUAACAGUUGGAAAUCUUCAUGAAUUUGAAAAAAAUCUGCAAGAUGUUUGUGCCUUAUGAACGUAGUUUUGCAACACCGAAGAUACUGUAUAACUUUAUACUACAUUCAAUUCCUAUGAUUGUUUUGUAAUAAGACGUUAGAAUGUUAUGGAAAUGACAAUUUGGCCUAUUACAGCCUAGAAGAUGAUCAAGUUUUUGAUAUAAAGUAUGACUUUUAUGAAACAUCAUUAAUUUUGGCAAUAGCAUGUUCACAUUUCGCUUUAUAAACGAGACAAAAAUAUGAAAUAUGUGCCGUGACAUUUUUUAUAUUUAACUAAAUUCAUUACCAUGUAUUUUAAUUGUCCAUGUAUUUUAAUUGUCAUUAUGUUAAUAGGAAAAAUCUAAAUAUGUAAUGCAAAAUAACAACACCAUAGAGAAAUAAAGACAGUUGAAGAUG